AGGAGUUCUAAAUCUAGCGAGAAGCCCCUCUGAAGACUGAAACUGAGAUCGAAUCUAAUUUCACGUUUCGAAGAUGGCUGUGGAGCUCUACCUGGAUCUUUUCUCGCAGCCAGCUCGAUCAGUGUACAUUUUCGCGAAGAUAAACAAUAUAAAGUUUGACUUUAAAAAGAUUACGCUCUUUGCAGGAGAUCAGUAUGGAGAGGAAUUUGGGAGAGUCAACGUGAUGAGGAAAGUCCCUGCCCUGCGCGAUGGAGACUUUUGCUUGGGUGAAAGCAUUGCAAUCAUGACGUACUUGUCAGAAAAGUUCCGAACUCCAGACCACUGGUAUCCCGCCGACAUACAGAAACGUGCGCGUGUGAAUGAGUAUCUCUCUUGGCAACAUACAGCUGUCCGGAUGCACGGGUCCCGGGUGUUUUGGCUCCGACUCAUGAUUCCCAAAAUGUUAGGGGAGGAGGUACCUAAAGAUAGGAUGGCUGCAGCUUUGGAAGAUCUUGAUGUGUCUCUUCAACUCAUUGAGGAGAAAUUCCUGCAAGACAGACCUUUCAUAGCUGGAGAUGACAUCUCCCUGGCUGAUCUGGUUGCCAUCGUGGAGAUCAUGCAGCCGCUGGGCUCCGGUCUGGACGUGUUUGAGACGAGGCCCGUGCUGAGUGGCUGGCGGGACCGUGUGCGAGCGGCGAUCGGUCCAGAGCUGUUCGAUGAGGCGCAUCAGGUCAUCCUCGGGGCGCAGGAGAUGGCCAACAGCAUGGACACCAGCGCACUGCUGCCCUUUAAGCCCAAGAUCCUCCGACUCUUCUUGUGAAUCAGCAAGAUCCUCCGACUCUUCUUGUGAAUCAGCAAGAUCCUCCGACUCUUCUUGUGAAUCAGCACACUGCAGCCUUUAGGCCCAAGAUCCUCCGACUCUUGUGAAACAGGAUGUUGUUGUGGCCUAUUGUUCUAUGUACCCAGCACAAUAAUAACUAUGAGUUUAUUCAUGUAGCCUAGUUUUGAUAUAAA